UCUCUCACCUCCACCCACAACAACCACCACAAUGGCCUUCGCUGGACGAUGGGAAACUGAGACCCAGGAGGGAUACGAUGCUUUCUGCAAGCUGCUUGGUAUCCCCGAUGACAUCAUCGAGAAGGGCCGUGACUACAAGCUGAUCACAGAGGUCACCCAGGAUGGUAAUGACUUCUCCUGGACCCAGGUUUACCCCACCAACGCAAGGGUCACCAACAAGUUCACCAUCGGCAAGGAGUGCGACAUGGAGACCAUCGGAGGGAAGAAAUUCAAGGCCACAGUCCAGAUGGAGGGAGGAAAGCUGAGCACAUCCUUCCCCAACUAUCAACACGUCACUGAGAUCGUUGGAGGCAAGCUCGUCGAGACCUCCACCGCUGGCUCUGUAGUGCUGAAGAGAACCAGCAAGAAGAUCUAAAUGCUGUUCAACCCUUG